CUGUACAGGUUCAUAUUGAGCCAGAGUGUCAGAAUUAAAGGGAAGCAGCUGAGGCCGCGUGUAAUGUACCACCUGUGGCUUCUCCCGCCAGCUCAUCCCCCGCUAAGGCUCAUGGGAAAUGUUGUUUAAACGCAUUAGGAACAGUGCGGCUCCUACAGGACCGUAUUUCCCCGCGUGCUGCUACAACAAGCCGGAGCCCCUCCUGUCGCUGCGCCACAAAGUCGCACGUUACAGUAAAAUGUGCCGCCCGCGAUAAACACACGAUUUAAUAACCCUCGUGUGAUUAUUCGUUUCACGUCUCCCACCUCCGCCGUUUCUCCCCCCCCCCUUCUAACUUCUCGCUCAACACGUGACGUACAGCCGUCACGGCCGCCUGCUGGCAAGAGUCCCUCCUCGCUAUGGAACAACGUCAGCGCGUAUCCGGGGGAAGGGCGCGCUCUUUCGCGCUACGUUGAUUGACAGUUGCCGUGGCAACGCGCUCGUCCCGCCGCCAUUUUAUUAUUCCUAUUUUUUUUUCUUGCAAAUACUUAUUUUUCUUCCUGCGUCUGUAUUAGUACUAAAAGUGGAAAAAGAGACCCCAUUUUUUGAAGAAAAAAUAAAUACAUUUUUUAAAUGUUUGGGGGAGGGGGCGGUGCCCGGGCAUCUCAGUGCGCAUUCUCGCGAGGGUUUCCCCCCCUCACAAGCUGCUGUGCCCCCCUCAGUUGCUGGCGAGGUUCCGGUGGGUAAUGCUGUGAGGAAGUGUCUGCUCCGUACCCCCCCUCUCAGGCCGGUGUGACACCCCCUCCCCUCCAGGCUGCGCAGCUGAGGGAACGCGCGCCAUUUUGUGCCGAGUCGCUCCUCCCCCUUCCAGCAUCCUGCACGGCCGGGAACCGAGGAACCGCCACCGCCUCCCCCCUAACUGGAUCCAGUGGCCGAGCCCGCACAGCGCCGAGAAUCAGCAGCAGCAGUACCACAAGGAGGAGGCAGGGGAGGAAGGAGGAGGGAGAUGCUGCUGCCAGUGCUGGGGACCAGGACUCCCCCCAGGGCUCUCUGAUUUCUCUCUCUCUCUGCGCUUUAUGGAGCGGGAUCUGUGACCUCCCGUGGGCCGCGCUCUGUGUGACCGGGGGGCUCCCAUGGGAUUGGCCUAGAAGAGGGGACAAGAGACAGUGUUGUGGUUUGCUGCUGGGCUCUCCCCUCUAUUCCCAGGAUAUGAGACUUGAAAGAGGACGAUGCAUACAGGAGGAGAGACUUCAGCAUGCAAACCAUCAUCUGUCCGGCUUGCACCAUCCUUUUCAUUCCAUGCUGCCGGCCUUCAGAUGGCUGGACAAACGUCCCAUUCACAUCAGCAGUUCAGCGACCGCCGUCAGCAGAACCUAAACGACCAACAAGCAUCUGCCUUACCAUUUAACGACCAGAUUCAGCAACCGCUGCCUAACCAGCGGCGGAUGCCACAAACAUUUCGUGAACCGGCCACAGCACCAUUGAGAAAACUGUCCAUUGACUUGAUCAAAACAUACAAACAUAUUAAUGAGGUCUACUAUGCAAAAAAGAAACGACGGCAUCAGCAAGGACAAGGGGAUGACUCCAGUCACAAGAAGGAGAGGAAGGUCUACAACGAUGGCUACGAUGAUGACAACUAUGACUAUAUCGUUAAGAAUGGUGAAAAAUGGAUGGAUAGAUAUGAAAUAGAUUCAUUAAUUGGCAAAGGGUCAUUCGGCCAGGUAGUAAAGGCAUAUGAUCGCGUGGAGCAAGAGUGGGUGGCGAUUAAAAUUAUAAAGAACAAGAAAGCUUUUUUAAACCAAGCCCAAAUUGAGGUCCGGCUUCUUGAGCUGAUGAACAAACAUGACACGGAAAUGAAGUACUAUAUUGUGCAUUUAAAGCGGCAUUUUAUGUUCAGAAACCACCUUUGCUUAGUGUUUGAAAUGCUCUCGUACAACCUCUACGAUUUACUGCGCAACACCAAUUUCCGCGGCGUUUCUCUCAACCUGACACGAAAGUUUGCACAGCAGAUGUGCACUGCACUACUCUUCCUGGCAACUCCAGAACUUAGUAUCAUUCACUGUGACCUGAAGCCUGAGAAUAUCUUGCUUUGUAACCCGAAACGAAGCGCCAUUAAGAUUGUUGACUUUGGGAGCUCGUGCCAACUAGGGCAAAGGAUAUACCAGUAUAUUCAGAGUCGCUUCUAUCGGUCUCCUGAGGUUUUACUAGGAAUGCCUUAUGACCUUGCAAUUGACAUGUGGUCCCUUGGGUGCAUUUUGGUAGAAAUGCAUACUGGAGAACCCUUAUUCAGUGGAGCCAAUGAGGUCGAUCAAAUGAGUAAAAUUGUGGAAGUUUUAGGUAUACCACCUGCUCACAUUCUUGACCAAGCACCAAAAGCUAGAAAGUUCUUUGAGAAGGUGCCAGAGGGCACUUGGAACUUAAAGAAGACCAAAGAUGGAAAAAAGGAGUACAAACCACCGGGAGCCCGAAAACUUCACAUCAUAAUUGGAGUAGAAACUGGAGGACCGGGUGGCCGUCGUGCUGGGGAAUCGGGUCAUACUGUAGCGGACUACUUGAAGUUUAAAGACCUAAUUUUAAGGAUGUUGGAUUAUGACGCCAAGACCCGUAUCCAACCCUAUUAUGCUCUGCAACAUAGUUUCUUUAAGAAAACUGCUGACGAAGGUACAAACACAAGUAACAGUGUAUCGACGAGUCCAGCAAUGGAGCAGUCCCAGUCAUCAGGAACCACCUCUAGCACAUCGUCUAGCUCGGGUGGCUCGUCCGGAACAAGCAACAGCGGAAGAGCAAGAUCUGACCCUACUCAUCAGCAUCGACACAGUGGUGGCCAUUUCUCAGCUGCUGUACAGGCUAUGGAUUGUGAGACGCACAGUCCUCAGGUUCGACCACAGUUUCCUCCUGGUUGGACGGUCCCUGAAGCCCCUACUACACAGGUCACUAUUGAAACACACCCUGUCCAAGAAACUACAUUUCAUGUGCCCCCUUCCCAGAAAAAUGUGCCGCAUCACCAUGGGAACGGCUCCCACCAUCAUCAUCAUCACCAUCACCACCAUGGACAGCAUGUCUUGAGUAACAGGACAAGGACCAGGAUCUACAAUUCUCCAUCAACGAGCUCCUCCACCCAGGAUUCUAUGGAUAUUGGUCACAGCCAACACUCCAUGACUUCCUUGUCUUCCUCAAAUACUUCUUCCUCAACAUCUUCCUCUUCUACCGGCAACCAAGGCAACCUGGCCUAUCAGAAUCGUCCUGUGGCUGCUAACACCUUGGACUUUGGACAGAAUGGAACUUUGGAUGUUAAUUUAACUGUCUAUUCAAAUCCUCGCCAAGAGACUGGCCUCACUGGACAUCCAGAUUAUCAAUAUUCUGCAAAUACAGGCCCCACCCACUACGUAACGGAAGGACAUUUAACCAUGAGGCAAGGGAUUGACCGAGAAGACUCUCCCAUGACAGGAGUUUGUGUUCAGCAUAGUCCUGUGGCAAGCUCGUGACUAAAUUCAAUCUAGGUUUGUUUUUUUUUUGUUUUUUGUGUGUGUGGGUUUGUUUUUUCUUUUGUUUUAUUUGUUUUUAAAGGUUUUUUUGUUUUUCAAAAAAAAAAAAACAAAAGCAAAAACAAAAAAGUGCAAAAGCUGCUUUAAUCAGAAGGAGAUACACUUAAACCGCUACAACAGGGAAAAGCUGACUAUUUUUUUAAAACUUGAAACGAUCGCAAAGGGACAAUGAAGUGAAACGAUUUUUAUUUUUUUAACGAGCUGUUUCCAAACACACCUUAUUGGAUAGCUCCGAGGUAAUUUCCUCUCCUUUUGCUUCCCCCUUCCCUCCCCCGCUGUCCCCUUCAACUCUGUACACUCGUAUCAUAAUAAUUUUAUAAAAUGAUAUAUAUAUGUAUUUGUAUAUACAUAUAUAUUUAUAUAUUUUAACCAUAGUAAGUUAUACUGGACAUAGUCAGUUGCCAACAUGAUUAAAAAACAAAAAAUGCAACAUUAUCAAAUAAAAAUAAAACAUUCACCUCUUUAAGUCCUUUUCGGGGGCUUAAAGGUUCAUCGAAACUUGGGCACAGAUAUGCAGUACUGUAAGAACGAGGAACCUCCGUAGUUAAAGGGACGGUUGUCAUACACAGUCAACAUGCUAAGAUGGCGGUCAUCAGAAUCUCCUGUCCUGAAUUUGGGAUACAAAGCAGCAGUUAAAAUCGGAUAUUUUUUUUUUGUUUGUUUUUUUGUGGGAGACGGCUGAAUAUUAAGGUGCACUGAGAAGCAAUCAACAGGUCCUUGGGGAGGUCUGAGUUCGGUGGUCUUUGGGAUAACCUUUGGCCUUAUGGAUUUGGACUCUUGAGUUAGAAGAGCCUGCCAUUUUAGAUGCAAUCACUUUCGGACAUGCUUUCGCAGACAGUCCUUCAUACUGAAAAAAUCCAGAAUUGGGGUUCAUUCAAGAGGCCUUUCUUUUAACAUAGACUCGUGUGACCCACUAAUUGUAGAGUUUUUUUUUUUUUUUUUUUUUUUUUUUUUUUUGCAAGGUCACUUUGCGUGUGUCAUAAAGCUGACUUCCUUAAUGGUUGACGGUCACAGAAGUAGUGGUUUGCGUUGGAUGGAAAUAGCUACAUCUGUGCCCCUUCCUUUUUCUUUUCUCUGCCCUCCCAACCCCUUUUCUUUUUUUUUUGUUCAUUUGCUUUUCUCCUACCACCUUCUCCCCCUUUUUUAUUUUUUCAACCUCCCCUCCGUUUCGCCGCACGUGGUAUCGCCACUAUUAACUUCUGCACAAACAUGUCUUCUGUUCAUUUUGAACAUUUUUAAGAAAGAAAAAAAAGAAAAAUGCAGAAUUUUAUGUGACUGCUUAUUUUUUUGCCUCACAAUUAUGCUGUGAAUUUUACAAAAAAAAUUAUUUUCCCUUUUUUUGAUAAUUUAUUGUACCAAAGCUGUUUUUAUAGCACAUAGAUGUCUGUAACCAAUAUGUAGCAGUUCUGCACUUUUUGGCACAAGGUGAAACUAGACCGUUUUUUUUUUGUUUUAAUUGUCAGUGGGGGAAAAAUGAAGGCUGUACCAUCGCUUCAACAAAACUGGAACUGUCACUGUUCUCUAGUUCAACAUAUACAGACAUGUGAGUGCCGGACUUCUUAUACCAGUUAUCCGCAACCAGUAGCACAUGAGCAGCAUCUUACUCGCCAACCCCUUGGAUGUUGCUUCUAGUGGUAGAGUCCUGCACGGAACCAAUUUAUAAAACCCGACCCAAACACGCAAACCGAACCACAACCCACAUAUUUACCCACUUUGAUCUGCUACCCAACCCUGACCCGGGUAACUGCCUUACCUGUAACCCGAUUCACAACCCGCUGACCACCAUUAAACAGGACGUGAUGUUGCUGCAAACCGGAAGGGACAACAUCAAAAGUGGGCGGAGACAAAAAAAGUUUUGUGAAAUUUUAAAAGGAGUAAAAUAUAGACCGUAUAAGAUAAGAGAUUUAGAUGAGACCUGCGACGUGCAGACCCGCGACCUGCAUCUAUACCCGCAACCAAAAAUCCAACCCUCAUCCCGCAGGCUACCCGCUUUUUUUGCUGGUACCCAACCUGCUGCAGGACUCUACACUGUGGCCCAAGAGCAGGUGCUUAUUUUUGAAUUCCAGGCUUGGAAACAAGUUUUGGUUUCAUAAAAAUCUCCUAUAGGCUGCCAGUUCAAAUAGGGUCUACCAAAUAGCCAAUCACAGCCCUUAUUUGGCACCUCCAGGUACUAUUUCCAUGCUUGUGUUGCUCCUCAACAUUUUUUACAUUUGAAUGUUGCUCAUGGGUAAAAGUUGGGGACCCCUGUAUUACACUGUCCCGUUACAGAGCAGCUCGUAGAUGUGCGUUCCGGUUUCAGCUACCAAAACCCAGUGAUCUAAAGCUUUCCACUCUCCGCACACCUUGUUCCGACUCACGCAGGUCCGAAGGGAAGUUGUACCCCAAGGUAAAUCCGAAUAUAACGAAGGCUAUUGCUACUGAUGCCUAACUUUCAGUUCCUACUGCCUUAGUCCAAGAACACGUUUUUAGCUCUGGCUAAAAUAACCAUACCCGCUAUGCCCUACAAAAAACGAGAAAAAAAAGUUAUAAUAAAAUAUAUUUAUUUUUUAAUAACUAAAUGCUUCUUUACUCUGAGAUAGAACAGAAAUGUGGGAGGAAAUGACUGCAGGAGUCUAGCUAUCGUCCUAUACAUUUUGUUAUAUCGCAUUGUCCUCGGAUUUAAAUAUUUUAAUGCUAAUUGGCUCUUUUUGGUUAAUUUAUCCUUUAAUACAUUUAUGCUGUGAAUUUGUUGUCGAUGACUUUGUUCCCGGCUUGGCAUGCAAUAACACAAGUCAAGCCUU